UGCGGCGCACCAGCUCCACCUACCCUCCUCCUCCCGACCUACCCCGCCCGCGCUCCGGCGUGAGCUUAUACCUACUCCAAAAGGAAACAAGCGGCCAAAAGCGAAGCCGCCGCCUCCGUCAACCCUCCAAUCUUCCGCCUCCUCCUCCUCCUCCAUGGCGGCUGCCUCUCCUCUUCCUUCCAUCAACUCCACCAUCCGCUCCUCGCCCAAGAUCUCCUUCUCCUCCGCUCCCGCCGGUGCUUUCCCUUGCUACCGCCGCGAACGCCUUGGUCUUUCUUCUCGCUCGUUUCCCUCCCCGAUCACCCUUCGGACUCGACCGCUGAUCUCGGCCUGCGCCGCUUCGGUGAUGGAGGAGGCAACCGAGAGGCGGGAUUCCAGGGUUUCCACCGUCGUCGAUGUGGAUCUUGGCAGCCGGAGCUAUCCGAUCUACAUCGGAUCGGGCUUGCUCGAUGUGCCCGAUCUUCUCCAGAGGCAUGUGCACGGGAAGAGUGUUUUGAUCGUCACAAACACUACGAUUGCGCCGUUAUACCUUGACAGAGUCGUCAAAGCCUUGACUCAGGGGAAUCCGGACGUCACAGUGGAGAGUGUGAUUCUGCCGGAUGGAGAGAAGUAUAAAAACAUGGAAACAUUAAUGAAGGUCUUUGACAAGGCCAUAGAAUGUAGAAUGGAUCGCCGCUGUACUUUCGUGGCACUUGGUGGUGGUGUCAUCGGUGAUAUGUGUGGCUUUGCUGCUGCUGCCUUCCUUCGUGGCGUUAACUUCAUUCAGAUUCCAACUACAUUAAUGGCUCAGGUGGACUCAUCAGUUGGCGGCAAAACUGGAGUAAACCAUCCACUUGGGAAGAACUUGAUUGGUGCCUUUUAUCAGCCGCAAAGUGUGUUGAUAGAUACUGAUACUCUAAACACAUUACCCGACAGAGAACUAGCAUCUGGCAUAGCUGAGGUUGUAAAGUAUGGGCUCAUAAGAGAUGCUGACUUCUUCGAGUGGCAAGAAAGAAAUAUGCAAUCUCUCUUGGCAAGAGACCCAAGUACCUUGGCAUGUGCUAUUAAACGUUCUUGUGAAAACAAAGCUGAGGUUGUUUCCUUAGAUGAGAAAGAAAGCGGCAUGAGGGCGACAUUGAACUUGGGGCAUACAUUUGGACAUGCCAUUGAAACAGUGUAUGGCUAUGGACAGUGGCUCCACGGAGAAGCUGUCUCAGCUGGAAUGGUGAUGGCAGUGGAUAUGUCUCGGCGCUUAGGCUGGAUUGAUGAUUCUAUUGUGGAGCGUGUUCAUAGAAUCCUACAAGAGGCCAAGCUUCCAACUCAUCCGCCAGAGGUGAUGACGGUGGAGAAAUUCAAAUCUGUCAUGGCUGUGGAUAAGAAAGUGGCUGACGGAUUGUUAAGAUUAAUCCUUCUGAAGGGCCCAUUGGGAAAUUGUGUUUUCACCGGCGACUACGACCGGAAAGCACUGGAUGAAACUCUCCGAGCCUUCUGCAAGAACUGAUGUCUGGAAUUGUAGCCUUGCAAUGGUGGAGCUUUUUGAAAGGCAAGUCUUAUAAUGCUUAAGUAGAUUCCUUCUGAUCCUAAAUAAAUAUUUUUUCUGUAUAAAACAAUAAGGAGUCGUGCAAGAGAGUGAAGAUUGCUUAAAUUAUUAGGGGUGGAAUCCAUACACAACAUAUUGUAACAUUCAUUCUUAAUCCAUUGACUCAUCCUGAUGUCAAGAACCUCAAAAUGCUUCCCAGUUAUUGACGUCAAUAAAAUGUAUGGUUUCGGAUCAAAAGAAAAAGAAAAUUCUCCGAGUUAUUUGCUGUAGAUA